UAUUUCUGAAUAAAUAUACUAUGAUCCACAAAUAAAUAUAGAGAGUUUCAUAAAUAUUUUUUAAAUCCACAAAUGCACAAUAAGCGAACCAUAAAUAUAUGUUAGACAUUUCAUAAAAAGGAAGGAAAUUCACAAAUAAAUAAAAUGGGAUUUGCAAAUGAAUUUUUUUUUAUAAAUAUAUAUUUGUAUUUUAUUUGUAUGUGAAUGGCUUCCUGCGCAUUUGUGGAUUGCUUUCUGUGCAUUUGUGAAUCGCUGCACACAUUUGUGGAUCGCUUUCUGUGCAUUUGUGAAUUGCUGCACUCAUUUGUGGAUCGCGUUCUGUGCAUUUGUGGAUUUGAAACAUUUCUAACGUGCACAAGACGUGCACAAGAAUCCACAAAUAGGUGGACUCCGCCCACCGUCUACUCCAGCCAAUCAGACAACAAGCACACUGUGCUGACCAAUCGUGGCACGAUCUCCCUUCAACCAAUCAUAGAGUCUUUUCUAGAAACAUUGUGCAAAAGACCCAGACGGAGGAGGACUUUUAUUAUGACAGCGAGUAUCGCUCACUCAAAGCAAUGGUGGAAAAGCGCUAGUUUUGUACAAGUGUCUCGCUGUGUGAGGCAUGAAUCGUGUUGUUGUGGAGACAAUAGCACAAGAUUGUUACGCGGUGUGUUCAUGUGCGUCAUUAGAGAAACCACAUCUACACCUGCCUAUGAUCUGGCUAAGCUCUCAAAUAUAGCCAGGCACUCAUGCAUCUCCAUUCACAUGCCAUGCAACCAAGCUCAUAAAUACAGCUCUGGCCUAUCUCUCUUAAAGGAGCAUACCCUCAUCCUGUGCAGAGCUUCAUUAAAGGACUGCUACCAAUAUUCACCAUUACCUUCAUCAACGACUGCUCUGCUAUCCAAGUUGUGCCUCUCAUUCAGAGUUCUGUGCGGUGUGUGCUACCUCAUAAAUACUGAAUGCUGGCUCUCUCCUAUCUGAUGUAUGUUCUCUUGUGUGCCUAAUAAACAGCUCAAGUUGG